UGUACGUGUGGGCUGGUCCCGAGGUUUGUGGUUUUAGCUUUUCAAAGGCGCGGAGCUAUUAUGGGCUAUGGGAUCAAGUUCGGGAAAACUAGUCUUCAUUAUCUUGAAAAACGGCUUUGUAACAGGAGGCGCCAAGGAGCUUAAGUACACAUAACUCGCACACCGGAGAGAAAAUGACGAAAGUUCCUCAGGGGUUUGAUUUCAGCUUCCUAAACGAGGAAGAAGCCAGGAAGAUCCUCCAGGUACUGGAAAGAAAUGAGGAACUCCGGAGGGCAGAGAAGGACAGGAUCAGCAAACUUCAGAAGACAAAGAGGGAUAUCAGAUGGCUUCAAGGAGCAACUGGCGAAUGGUUUGAAGAAAUUCAAAGAAAGAAGUUUUGCAAUGAAACAGAUGUUAACCAGAUGUUAAAGCCACCCCUUACAUAUAGGCUACAAAAGGGGGUGGCAAAAAAUGAUCCGAUGGAAUUACAAACACCAAGAUCUAAAAGCCUAAUAAACCAAAAACCAUCUGUUUCUUCCCGAAUGAGCUUUCGGUCAUCCUUUGCUUCACUGUUCUCAUUCAGACGACCUGCGAAGGAGACUCUGAACCUUCAGUCUCAGAGACCAAACCGGUGCGAUGAGCGUGUAAGACCUUCAGCGUCUGUGAGGGGGACAGCUGCGGCAAAUAUAUACAAUUCACCUGUUGGGAACCAACCAGUUGCCAGUGUGUUUGUCCCUAAGCCAGCCAUCAUGAGGGAGGAGAGCGGUAUGCCUCCGCCCUGGGACGCUUCCCUGCUGGAGAGUGAGUUUUUCCAAGUUUUAGACGAUUUGGACAACAAGCUGGCCCAGGAGCAGUCUUCAGGCUUGAUGAAUACCAGAGUGCCAUUCAACUACGGAUCAAGAACACAGUUCAAGCUGUCUCACAGAAACAGUCAUGGUCAUGGCACAGGAAGGCAACAGAACUACCACAGUGAAACUUCCAACAUGUCUAUCUAUAACAUCCUGAGACCUGGAGCCCCUAGAGAAGGCUUUAAAACCUUUUCUCCUAGGACAAAGACGAUUUAUGACAUGUAUAGGACCAGGGAGCCCAGAGUCUUAAAGGAAGACUUCAUGCAAAAGAAUGCAUUUGGGAGUGCAUCUCUGUGCUUCGACAGCCGGCAACGAUCAGCCUCGCCUGCCGCAGGGAGUUUCACUGCUAGGAGUUUACACUUUCCAGCCGAUACUCAAAACAAGAGUAGUUUUACAGCAGUGAGACACCAGCAAAGCCCCAAAAGGACUCCUUUAUCUUCCAUCAUAUGGAAUAGGUCAGAUGCUUCUAGACAUAGGCAGAAUCAAGAAGAGUCACUGGGGGUACCAGCACCAAUGGACAUUGACCCCGCAGAGCAAUAUGUGUCUCCUAGGUGUUUUCAGGAAAGUAGGAGGUAUGAGAUGUGCCAUUCACUGAACGCUUACCAAAGCUACCCUUUAAACGUCCCUGUGGCUAAUGCAAUGAGUCCUGACACGUUGGAGAACUCAGAGAAUAUGCCAUUCUACCGUCAGGGUAACCCAUUUGCAAGGUCUUUCUUUAGCAGUACCUUCAGGCAGAGCAGAGAACAGAGAUUCGGACAGAAUUCUUUUUGGAGCCGACAGGAAGAGUACUCUCCCUGGCCUGACAUUCCCCAGAGCAGGGACCCGUUCCCUUCUUCUGACAAGGACUUUGAAAUGUUUUCUGUUGAAGCAAACAGGGCGCCAUCUGUUUGCAGCCAAGGUGUCCCUUCUCAGCACUGGAGGUCACAUUCUUCCGGCCAUGGAACAUACGUUUUCAGAGGCCGAGAAGAUUCGCAUUGCUGGCGAUCUGAUUUUCAAACAUCCCCACUGGAGAGCAUGGACACCUCACAUGUUAAUGAGAACCAACGUCCACCCCAUUUUGUCACACCAGUUGGGUUUUCUAUAACUGACUCAAGCUGCCACCUCCAAUCUUCCAGGCUGGACUCUCAGCAGGGCCACUUCCCUAUAGAAGAAGCUGUAGACGAGGACCCUUAUUUGUUUGGCAAGGCUCAGACCCCAGCAUCUUCAUUCAGAACUCCCUACCCCCUCAGUCCUAAUGAUGGAAGGGAGUCUCAGAGUUCCAGCUUCCCGGAUUCCACAGCUACUUUGCAGAAAAUAAUCCCCAAUAAGCCAGACUCUCUUCCAAUAAGAAACUGUACAGAAGUUCCUGUGGCCUGUAACCAUUCUAUUGACUCGCUGUCUCUUACUGACACCCAGCCCAACAUCCCAGUCACAGAAACGAACAGUGAGAAAGAUAUGGAUGUGUCUGUUUCAAAGGAUGAACAGCUAAACAAGAUGGACCAGAAGAGCAGGCCAACUGGGUUACCCCAAUAUGUUUUACAUACAGUGAUCUCUAAUGAUUUACCUGACUUUCAAAAUACCCAUUCUCGGGACUCAGCCCAAAAUGACAGGUAUGGUUUUAAUGCACCUGCCACAGAACGUUCCAGAAGAUCACCCAGGGUCUUCUCCAGAAAGGGUACUUCCCAAAUUCAUACAACACAAAGAGAUCAAAGCAACAAACUGAGCAAAAAUAAGUGUUUUGGGGGGGACAGGAGACUUGACUCAGCAGCGUCUCCGCCUUUCAUCCAAGAAAGUGGAACACCGACAUCUCUUCCCAGCCCAAAUCAAGGUUGUCACCAGAAAACAGGAAGUAAUGAAGAGAGUUCAAGCACCAUUAAAAACAGCCAUUGGUGCUUUGAGCCCACUGCUAACCAAAAAUCACAGCCUUCCGGGGAGCCUGCUCUUUUAGAUCUUGAGCAAAGUCCUUCCACUCAUUCUACCAAUGACAGCAAGCUAGCCACCGGGCACAGCGUCUCACGAGCUCCUUUACAUGUGGCAUCAGAUGCACCCCAAGAUUCUUUCCUUGAUGCUCAUCUGGUACCUUCCACUACAGUGUUCUCCAGGAGCCUUUCAGACCAAGAUCCAGGUCAAGAACAAAGAGAAGAGAAAGACAAAGCUACCAAGAGCCAAGAUAAUCAGCUGGCUGUAAAUUCUACAGACAACCAAGAGAAUCAUGACGGUCCUGCACUUCCACACGAUGCUGUUCACUGCCACCCAUACUCUCCCUUCAAGAAUGGGAGGGGGAAGGGAAGAGUUAGGCGCCGUGUGUCCUGUAUUGAGAAGCUAACCAAAACAGAGCGUACAGUGGCACCCACAAGAGAAGGUAGUGGCUGUGCUGAGGACCAAAGAAGCAUCAAAGAUCCUGAGCUCAGCACAGUCUAUUGCACCUUGCCAAGAAAACCAGCCAGCUUUCUCAUUCACAGCAGACAGCAGGAAAGUAAGGGAACGGUUGCUUCCAUUAGGAAUGGGCCACUUCCCUUCCAAAUAAAAAAUAAAGCCGAAGUUCCCACAGGAAAGGGCACAUCUGACAAGACCAGUUCUCCUGAAUCAAUAAGUGAUGCUGCAAAUGCAGUCUCGGGGACACCCAAAGCCACUAAGAAGAUGACAGAUAUGAAAGCCAUUAGAUCGGCUUCAGUUAGGAAAGGGCCACUCCCUUUCCUCAUCAAGAGGGCAAUCUCGUGUCCUUCAGGGGAGCCAUGUAGCUUGGCUGAAAGCGAUGACAGACAGAAGUCAUCAGUCCUGGGCAUGGAUGCUUCUCCUGGAACACCCAGGCCUGGAGGGAGAAUCUUUAACUCUCUGGAAGGUGAACCAUCAUUUAUAGAGAGUACUUUCUCUGAAAAGGAACUUGCUCAAGAACCCACUGGAAAGGGUAGUGAGCUUCGGGCCCCCAGAAUGGGCUCAUUGACCUCUUCAAAAAAAACUCCCGAACGUCUGUGUGCAACUGGGUCAGGAAAAGAGAGUGGGAAAGCAUUACAUAAGUUUAAGACAACUAGCAUGUUUUCUGUUUCUGGCGAUGAAGAGAACAUGAGCUGUCUUGAGGUGGUUUCAAUCUAUUACACUCUACCAAGGAAACCCAGCAAAAAAUUCUGCAGCCUCCUUCAGCAGUACGCACAAGGUACCGAUUCACUUAGAGAUGCUUUCCAGGGAGAGACUAAAGCACCCCCUAAUGCUUUAGAAAUCGAUGAGCUGAAUUGUCCUGCACAAACGCAAUCAGGAAUACCUCCACCACAAGACCCAAAGAUGCAGGUUGACUCCGCUCCAUGCCAUCUCUCCCACAGCCCUGAAAGUAAGGUUGUCUCCCAAUUGCCAGAUAGAGAGACUUCCAAAUCUACAUUAGAGGAAAUGGCUUCGGUGGGGCCAGAUGUUUCUCUUCAUAGAGAAGAACCUACGAUCAAAGAGAUUUCCCCAAGUAAUGUAUCUAAAACAGCUAUAGAUGAUUCACUAAGCAGAGAAGAGAGAGAGAAAGAACUGCUAAGGCAAAUCCUACGGGCCCCCUUACUGCAUCAGGAAAAAGGUGCUGGAAAAGAAGACACUAAGAGUCAUCAGCAGCCUUCUAAAGGAGGAAGCAGUGGUCCCUCUGGUCUCCCAUCCCGCUCAGAAGAUAAUGUUGAAAAUUCCCAGACCAGAAGAGAUUCUGGGACAUGUGCAGGUGGCAUGGCCACUGGAAAUGGACAGUAUCCUUGGAGGGAUCACGUGGCUGCAGUUGUAGGUGACCGUUCUAGUAGGUCACAACUUAGGGAAACCAGUGGGUCAACUGGGUCAGAUUGCCAAAACCAGACUGAUAAAAUGCUCUCUGACUCAGAAAGCCAAGCCUUUGCUCUAACGCCAGCAUUGUGUAAGCUGCAGCUUGCUGAAGAGGCUCAGCCAGGGGGAGCAGGUCUGCAGUCAGAAGCCAGCCAGGCAGGAAGUCAGGAAACAAAUACAGCAGAGAUGAGGAAGGUUGAAGAUGAAGAACAUAUGUUGACACGGGAUCAAACUUUACUUCCUAGAGGAAAUAACAAAAAUAAAACCAACACAGAUGAAACGAAAGACAGAUACUCAGGUAAACACAGAUUGGCAGCCAUAUCUAAAGCAAGUAAAAAAAUCCCAGCUAAGGAUUUAAGUCCCAGAAAACACGUAGCUACUAUCUUCUCCCAAAGUGAAAGCAAAUCUGGCUUUAGGAGGCUCUCUCUUUAUAGACCAGAGGACAACCCACUAUCCCCUGAACAUACUGUAAAAGCCACAGAGUCCACAGAUGAAAGCAGCCAGAUGAAUGUGAACAAGUCUGAGACCCUUCUCCAAGAGACCACAGCAUCCAGCCCUGGACCUCCUGGUCAGCCUUGCCAUCAAAAGUCUGCUAGCAUUUUACAACCACAUCUGAAUGGGUCGCACAGUGUCUUAGAAACACCACCAAAGAGCGAGGAUUCUAAAGCUCAUAUUUCAGGAGAGUUGGGAGCCCCAGCUCAGCUUACACUAACCAGCCCCUUAGAAAAAGGCGCUGGCCAUCAGCAGAGGUUAAGUCCUCCUUUCCCCUUAGAGCCUACUCAGAAAUCUACAAGAAACUCCCAUUGUCAGCUGCGGCACCGGAGUGCCCCAUCUCCAGAGUCAGAACCUGAGCCACAUCUCUAUCGGUCAAAGAGUUUAAAAAACUUUAACGUGCAAAGCGACCUGUUGUGUGCAAGCCAUCCCCCGAAAGCCAGGGGGCGCCACUUCUCCGAAAACACUUCCAUUGACAAUGCUCUGAGUCAACUGUCCCUCGAAGAUGGCUCCUUCUCCAACAGUGGGUACAAUCGAAGAUUCAAAUCUUUUUCCGAGCUUCCUGCAUCUUACGAAAGUGAAAGCUGGACUUCGUAUAGCAAUAGGACACGAGGUCCCAAGUCCACCUCAUCCAUUUCCAGGCCUAUUGACUAUGGAAUUUUUGGGAAAGAGCAGCAGUUGGCUUUCUUGGAGAACGUCAAACGCUCACUCACACAGGGAAGAUUAUGGAAGCCAAGUUUCCUCAAGAACCCUGGCUUCCUCAAGGAUGAUGUUCUUAAUACUUCCAACCUGUCACAGUCAGAGCUGGGAACUUCUCCAGCAGGUCAGGUGCCAGAAGAUGGUGUAUUUCCAAGUGAGCCACUUAACAUCUACAAGGACGACCCAGUGGAGCCACUGGACUCAGACUGGGACACAGACACAACCACAGAUGACGAGUACUACCUGGAUGAAAAGGAUAAAGAGUCAGAACUAUGAGACUUUUGCGAGAAACUGCAUAAUAUAACACUGUCAUGUUUUGCUUUUUACCAAAAGCUUAUCGUGGAAAUUAGUCCAAUAAUUAUAAACAGAUAAAAGAGAGCUGGUUUGGGCGGCGUCCAAAUCCUCUCCUCUCUACUUCAUUCCCUUCUGAAUUCUAAGAACAAUGCUCACUGCUUUUGAAGGGUUUUGUGUGUUUGUUUUCCCUGCUGUUUUUCCUGGUGUGUUUGAACUUUGUCCUCCUUGUCUCUUCCCCCAGCCUUAUCUCCUAAGCCACUUCCCAAUGUUAGCACUAUUUUCCUCCUAACUUCUCUUACCUCUAAUCGUUUGGGGACAUGUCCGACCUUGUGACUUGUUAAUUACCCAGCACAGCUAGCUGCAAAACUGAAUUCCUCUCUCAGACCACCUCCUGAAUUCCAGAUAUUAAAUAUAACGUAGGGGAAGCAAUAGUCGGGUAAAAUGCUGUUGCUGUGUCCAUGUUUAUGCAGUGUCUACAGAGGCCAGAAGAGGGCACUGGAGCCCUUGGAACGGGAGGAAUGGAUGGGUGUUAGGGGUCACAUGGGUGCUGGGAACCAAAGCUGGGUCCUCUGCAGGAGCUGCAAGUGCUCUUAACCGCAGAGCUCUCUCCAGCCACGCCAUAAAGGAGCAUCCUUGUUAUGCCCUGUUGUGUGGGCAUCCUUGCACUUCAGUAGUGGGUUCUUGACACACGUUUAGGUUAUAAAUGAAGGGUUAGUCCCAUUAGUGCCUCCAGGGAUUUCUCUGAGACAGUUUGAGGUGAUGGGCUGAAUUUUUGAGGGCUAAGUUCACGCUUAAUGCUUGGGUUGAAACCCAAAUGACACGGGCAGUGUGGCUUGGCCACAGAGACAUAGCUGACAGAUGGAGAUGAGCAGACAGCUCUGUAUUGGGUCAGCAUUAUUGCUGCUCUCUUCGUAACUGAUUUUCCCCAUCUCUCCAGACCUGUGCAUUUCCCAUAUCCUUAUUUAUAGCCCAGUCUUGAGCUUUGUAAACUCUUCUCACAUAAUUUCUUUAUUUAUAGCCCAGGCUCUGUAGUUUGAGGAAUUUUUACAUGAUGUCAGGUAUAUACAUAUAUAAAAUAGAUAUACAAAUCAAACAUUCACUGAUAACUCAAAUUUAUUUUAAAACAGUUUUUUUGGCUUAUACAAAUUUACCAUUUGUUUAAGGUAAAAACAAACAGACACCAGUGCAGUAGUUAUAUCUGUUUGUCUAACACAGUGCAGUCUGAGGAUGUACUAAUGUUACCCACUUGCUGGGAAAUAAAGUGGACGUUUUAAAGUCUUUGUUGUCUGUAAUUGCAUUUCUAUAUGAGCAGAAAUCUUUGCAUGCUUGCACAGUAAAAAACAAAAACAAAAAAACAAACAAAAACAGUGCAGUUUGUAACAGAGUAUCAGAUCUCUCCCCUUUCCCUCCUCUUCCUCCCUUCCUGUAUCUUUUUCUCUUCUUCCUCUUCCCAGUAAAAGAUGCAUGCUGUGUGUUUUGAGUCAAGGCUGCAGUGAGGUCAUACUUUGCACUGUGGGUAAGCACUGCCAGGAUUCAUUUAUGUGUUUAAUUUUUUGUUAAUUUUUGUUUGGUACACAUUCAGACACCUUUUAUUGUUACCUUUCUUUUUUUCCAACCCUACACUCAAUUCUGUGAAGACCCGAGAUUUAAGACGCUUUGUACUAAGAUACUUUUGGUGAGGCAUUCAGUGGGAACCUUAAAAUUCGAGGUCAGAUGUGAUGUCUGGGAACCACUUGGCUUCUCUGCUGAACCUUCUGUCAAACCCUCAGGCACAUUUAACUAUGAGCUCCUAAAGUAUUGUGAAUCACUUGUGAUACCCAUUGCUAAUUUGGCUUCCUACCUCCUUAGUUGCUCCAUGAGAGUAUCUGGGGGGCUUCCUUGCCUUGUAAUUCAAGGCAAAAGUCCACGGAUGAGGGUGGUCUAGACCUGCAGGCAGCAUGGAAUCCUGGAUCUCAACACAGGACUGGAUUUUGUCUUGUUUUAUAGGUGUUUCUGACAUACUUUUAUUUCCCACUGUUCAUCCAAAGAAGCCAAAGCUAAGGGCAGGUAUUAGCAAAACAUAUAGAGACCUGGCACAGGCAUAAAUACAAGGAAGAUCAAUACAUUAUUAUUGCCCUCAUAAUUGUUGUCUGGCACAGGCUAGUUUUCAUCAGUCCCAUAAAACUCGAAACUAGUGAAGGUGAGAUCCCUAACAGGAAAACCUCUCCUUAAAACUGUCCACUCAAUCUCUGGCCAAAGCUCAAAAAGAUACUGAAUAGAAUUUAAAACCAGCUCUUCUGAGUGGAUGCAAACUUGAGUAGUAAAGAGUAAAAAUCAAUUUCUUGCUUAAUGGUGUGUGUUUGUACAUAUGCCUUUCCUCUUUUGCUAUUUGAUUAUCUAAGUAAAACUCUCAUAUAGUAUGACUUUUUGUGUGUAAUUUUAUUAUAUUCAGAAAUAUUUUAACAUUAAGAUCGUUGCUGUUAUUUUUUUUUCAGUGAUCACCAUGAUAUACUAUUUCAAUAAAUAUUUUGAAUCUAUAAGAGUCUAGAAAAGGUGACAGGACGUCAGCUUGCUUUUCAACAAGGAGAGGUUCUGAGUGAGGGAAGUCAGAGUAAGAAAGGACACAUACGUUGGGGGCUCAGGCUCUCUGUGCUGGGAUCUUCCAUCCAUAUCGAAGGCUGCCCUUCAGUCAUUGCUUGUCUGCACUAUGUCUAAGGACUACCUGCUUGUCAGACUGAGGGAUCGGGAAAACAGUAAUUUCACAAAAAUAAAAUAGCAUCACUAUUGUUUUAUAGUCUUAUGAAGCACUUCGUUGAAGAAGUAUAGAAAACUUCAAGAAUUUCUUUGUGUUGUAUGUAAUAUGUAAACUGCUGUUUUUUGAUGCACAUUUUGGGCAUAGCUGUGGUAACUUCAAUGAUAGUCAUUUUAUAUUAUUGUUUUUCUAAAAUAUAUAAUCAUUAUUAAACUUUCUUGUAAAUGGAGUAAAACACUAACUAACCAAUACUAAUAAGUGCCUAGAAAAUUAUUAGCUUGCUUAAAUAUUAGGAUAGCACAACUAUAUAACUUUGUUUAAAAUUGAGCUUAAUAAGAUUAUUUUACUCUGUAGAUACUCACUUCUAAAUAGUUUACUCUUACAUCAUUCAUACAAUGAUCUUAACAAAACUCUAAUUGCUACUAACAUGAAUUUGGUUAAGGAUAAGCUCAAAAGAGAAAACUAUUUUGUACAGGAAAUAAAGAUGAGUCAUGAGGGUGCUAAAAGAAGCCUUCUGAGGUUGUGGAAAAGAUGAGAUUAAAAUGGAAAUUCAUAUCUCUGUAAAAACAAGUUCCCGUAUUGAAUGCUGUUAUGUUCAAACAGGCCUCGUUGCUUGGAGUUCACUGUAUAGUAGCUGUAGAAUAUCUAUCUAGAUGUACAGUAUAAAUAUGUAAAUAUUUUACUUUGUAAGUUUGUAUUACUCCUUAAAGGCUCUUUGUGACUGAUAAUUCUAUUCUGAAACAGUAAGCCACAAUAAGCACUUUGUCAAAACUGUCAAAUAAUCCUUUUAUGUUUUCCCUCAGAUCUGUUCCCAAAGUAUGGAAUAUGGAAUAGACUGGGAAAUUUUAAAAUAACACUUUUGUGGAAAUAAAGGACUUAAACA